AUGGUGAAGCUGUUUUGCGGAGUUGUUGGUGAGGCGAAAACGCCGUUCCCUAUCGAUAUCGACGCGGAACAAACGGUGGGCGACUUAAAGAAUGCUGUCGCGGCAGCUCUUCGGCACGAGAAAGGAGUAAAUUUGCUAGAGAUUUAUUUGGCAAAGACUGAAAGCACCGGUUGGCUGUCAAAAGAAGACGUGAAGAAGGGGGUUGGUGACGUUACCGGACUGGAGGAGCUCGCAGCGAUGACAGCGAGUCUUAACUGUGCGGGUUUGUCGGACCACGAUGUCAGCGGAUUUGACGGAGGAGAUGAAGAUGAGGGCAAGGGCGCUGUGCACGUACUGGUGAAAAAGCCGUUCAUGCCAAAUAAGCGGCGUCGAGUAGUACCGCAGCUAAAUAUUCCUCGGGUUGAUUUGGGAGACAGCAACUACGUUCACCUACCUGCAGAGCUGAUCUACUGGUGUGGUUUGCUAUCGCGGGGCGACUUGAAAUUGUACUGUCGUCCACAAGUGCGCCAACUUUGGGAGUUUUUGAGCCAAGACGUCAUUGUCGAAAAUGCAAAAGGACAUAUCGUGGGGCCAUCUGGUACCGGGAAGUCUGUUUGCACGUUGGCUUUUACGGCUUCUUUAGAUCACAAGGAAUGGGAUAUCGUCUGGAUACAUGUAAGCCGUAACUUCCCCGUCACUGUUCUGUCUUCUGGCAGGAAGGAGUAUUGGAUUUUGAAAUCGUCGACAUUUGAGCUGCCUCGUGUGAACCAGAGAAAGGUCUUCGUCGUGCUGGAUGGAAUUGCUGAAGGGGAUCAUCACCGAAAGGUUGCUAUUGAUAUAUUGGCCGAUCUACGCGAUGAUGACAGAUUCGUUGUGUGCUCGUCUAUGGCCACGUUUUGGAAGAGGAACCUGGAGGAAGACAUUCGAGAAAACAUUAAAUGGUAUUUUAUGUAUUCGUGGACAAAAGACGAGUAUCUCGCAGCAGUUCGCGACGAAGGUUUUUAUAACACUGUCAGCGAUAAGCUUGAUGCAAGUAGUCUCCUCGAGGUGAAUGACGAAAGCAAUGAGAGUGGAGAAUGUGAGGUCACAAAGCUCGUGAAUCGAAAGUUUUAUUUUGCUGGUGGCUCGUGUCGGUUCAUGUUUCAGUACACGACGGAAGAAGUAAAGAAGGCCUUGAAACACUUGAUCGAUUGCGUUCCCGACAAAACUCAAUUAGUCAGAUGUUGCUUCGGUGGCUUCAACAAUAGUACGAUGAACAAACUCUAUGGAAUGGUCUGUUGCGACACAGAUGACGAAGGUUACGGUGAACGUGUCCCUUUGAGUCCGUAUGCAGCUUCGCUUUUCGCGAAAGAAAGUGGCCCAAGUCAUUGGAAAUAA